AGAAAAGAGAUGAAGCAUUCACGCUACUUUCUCAUAAAGAAGCUCCCUUUUAAUAAACCCACCUCCAUUUUUGUAAAAGCUUUGAUUACUUGCUAAGAAACCCUCUGAUACCCGAAAGUGAUUUCAGAAUCGCUUCCCUUUGGUUCAAAUGGCGUCGACAUUGUUGCUUGUUGUCGUAUUCGUGUUCGAUCUCGUUGCUUUUGCACUUGCUGUUGCCGCCGAGCAAAGGAGAGCUUCUGCUCGGAUUGCUCAAGAUACAAAUUCAAGAUAUUGUGUUUAUGAGUCAGAUAUAGCCACCGGUUUGGGUGUAGGAGCACUUUUAUUCCUCCUUUUGAGCCAAUUCCUUGUAAUGUUUGCAACCCGUUGCAUGUGUUGCGGGCGAGCCUUGAGCCCUGGUCGUUCCAGAGCAUUAGCCGUCUUCUUGUUCAUUACCUGCUGGGUGACUUUUAUUAUCGCUGAGGCAUGUUUGCUUGCGGGUUCGGUUAGAAAUGCAUACCACACAAAGUAUAGAAGUGUGCUUUCGGCUAAUCCUCCUUCCUGUGAGACUUUGAGAAAAGGCGUGUUUGGUGCUGGGGCUGCGUUUGUGGUGUUUACUGGGAUUGUGUCUGAGUUUUAUUAUGUUUUCUAUUCCAAAUCUGAUGAUGGUGUCAUCCCUACAAGAGAUAAUGGCAUAAGAAUGGGAGCAUUCAACUGAACUUUUGUGAGGAGUUUGAUAAGUUGUUGUAGAUCGUAGAUUUUGGGUAUAGAACAUUUAUCAUAUGGUUGUACUUUUUAUUGUUGUACUUGAAGUUGAGGAUGUGGUUAAUGGUUAUUAAAUUCAUUUUUGUUGUUUAAUUGUCGUUUUAUUUAUUUAUUAUGUCUUAAGUUUUGUUUUUAAGUUGUGACUGAAUUGUUAGCGGGGUGAGAGGUGAGAAUUGAUAAAUG